UACUUAACAUUAAGUAAAAACAGUCAAUAUAUAUAAUGCAUAGAGCUAUGAUUAGUAAUGUCAUGAGACAUGCUGUAGUGGGCGGAGUAGGAGUUCGUAGUGUUGCUCCUGUUGCGCUUACUGCAGUUAGAUACGCCCCUGUAACCUUUCCUAGAAGAAUGGUGAGAUUUGCAUCUACUGAAGCUAACAAGGCAAGUGAAGAGUCUAGUGAAAAAUCUGAAAGUAAGGAAGAAGUUAAGGAAAAUGGUGCUGAAAAUACUGCUGAAUCAGCUGGUGAAGGAGCUGUUGAUCCAAUAGCUGAGUUACAAGCCAAAUUAGAUGCUAAAGACAAAGAAUUAGCCAACAUGAAAAAUCACUACGCCAGAGCCAUUGCUGAUUUCCGUAAUUUACAAGAUACCACCAAGAAAGAGAUUCAAAAGGCUAAAGAUUUUGCCUUACAAAAGUUUGCUAAAGAUUUAUUGGAAUCUCUCGACAACUUCAGUUUAGCUUUAGAGUCCGUUAAGGAAGACACCUUAAAGGCCAAUGAAGAUGUUAAGAGCUUAUACGAAGGUGUUAAUAUGACCAGACACGUUUUUGAAAAGACAUUGAACAAGCAUGGUAUUGAAAAGAUUGAUCCAAUCGGAAAACCAUUCGAUCCAAAUCAACAUGAAGCUACUUUCCAAGUACCUCAACCAGAUAAAGAACCAGGUACUGUUUUCCAUGUUCAACAAACCGGAUAUACUUUGAACUCUCGAGUAUUGAGACCUGCCAAAGUCGGUCUUGUCAAGGGAGCUGAAGACAAUUAGGUCAUUUCUACAUAGUCUUGUAAAUACUGUAAAUAGAUAAUUAAUAAUUAAUGGUUUACUGAUAUAUUUAUUAGUGUAUUGACAUUCGACCGCUACACAUCCAACAUCCGACCAAUACUUACCGGUCGCACCUCAUGAUAACUACCGACUACGGCACGGCAAUCACACGUGACAUGACUCACCACCGAUCAACUGAUUGCCCCAGACCACAAAGCCGAGCUCACCUCCAUGAAAUUUUUCACCAACU